AUGUCGUCUCUGAGCUCUGCUCCAAUCACAACAGCCACACCAAUAACUACACCCACAACAGCUGCUCCAACCACUACAGCCACACCAAUAACUACAUCCACAACAGCUGCUCCAACCACUACAGCCACACCAACAACUACACCCACAACAGCUGCUCCAACCACUACAGCCACACCAACAACUACACCCACAACAGCUGCUCCAACCACUACAGCCACACCAACAACUACAUCCACAACAGCCGCUCCAACCACUACAGCCACACCAACAACUACAUCCACAACAGCUGCUCCAACCACUACAGCCACACCAACAACUACAUCCACAACAGCUGCUCCAACCACUACAGCCACACCAACAACUACAUCCACAACAGCUGCUCCAACCACAACAGCCAUACAAACUUCUACGGAAGCAGCAGCAACAACUACUUCCAAAACAGCCGCUCCAACCACUACAGCCACACCAACAACUACAUCCACAACAGUUGCUCCAAUCACAACAGCCACAGCAAUAACUACACCCACAACAGCUGCUCCAAGCACUACAGCCACACCAACAACUACAUCAUCAACAGCUGUUCCAACCACAACAGCCACACCAACAACUACAUCCACAACAGCUGCUCCAACCACUACAUCCACACCAACAACUACAUCAACAACAGGUGCUCCAACCGCUACAGCCACACUAACAACUACAUCCACAACAGCUACUCCAACCACAACAGCCACACAAACUACUACAGCAGCAGCAGCAACAACUACAUCCACAACAGCUGCUCCAACCACAACAGCCACACAAACUACUACAGCAGCAGCAACAACUACAUCCACAACAGCUGCUCCAACCACAACAGCCACACCAACAACUACACCCACAACAGCUGCUCCAACCACUACAGCCACACCAACAACUACAUCCACAACAGCUGCUCCAACCACAACAGCCACACAAACUACUACAGCACCAGCAGCAGCAAACACUACUUCCACAACAGCUGCUCCAACAACUACAUCCACAACGGCUGCUCCAACCACAACAGCCACACAAACUACUACAGCAGCAGCAGCAGCAACAACUACAUCCACAACAGUUGCUCCAACCACAACAGCCACACCAACAACUACACCCACAACAGCUGCUCCAACCACUACAGCCACACCAACAACUACAUCCACAACGGCUGCUCCAACCACUACAGCCACACCAACAACUACAUCCACAACGGCUGCUCCAACCACUACAGCCACACAAACAACUACAUCCACAACAGCUGCUCCAACCACUACAGCCACACCAACAACUACAACUACUACAGCAGCAACAACAACAACUACACCCACAACAACUGCUGCAACCACUACAGCCACACCAACAACUACAUCCACAACAGCUGCUCCAACCACUACAUCCACACCAACAACUACAUCAACAACAGGUGCUCCAACCGCUACAGCCACACCAACAACUACACCCACAACAGCUGCUCCAACCACUACAGCCACACCAACAACUACAUCCACAACGGCUGCUCCAACCACUACAGCCACACCAACAACUACAUCCACAACAGCUGCUACAACCACAACAGCCACACAAACUACUACAGCACCAGCAGCAGCAAACACUACUUCCACAACAGCUGCUCCAACCACUACAGCCGCACCAACAACUACACCCACAACAGCUGCUCCAUCCACUACAGCCACACCAACAACUACAUCCACAACAGCUGCUCCAACCACUACAGCCACACCAACAACUACAUCCACAACAGCUGCUCCAAUCACAACAGCCACACCAAUAACUACACCCACAACAGCUGCUCCAACCACUACAGCCACACCAAUAACUACAUCCACAACAGCUGCUCCAACCACUACAGCCACACCAACAACUACACCCACAACAGCUGCUCCAACCACUACAGCCACACCAACAACUACACCCACAACAGCUGCUCCAACCACUACAGCCACACCAACAACUACAUCAACUACACCCACAACAGCUGCUCCAACCACUACAGCCACACCAACAACUACAUCCACAACAGCAGCCCUCGAGUCCAUGGAGGAGUGCUCGCACUGUAGCCGGUUCUCCCUGAAGGUUCUCCGUCGCCGCUUGGCUCGUCAAUUGACGAUGUCCGCUAACGACCCGGUGAUGGCUUCUACAGCAUCCGCUCAAGAACCAGCCGACCAGGCUGGUCCUCUUUCCACCGAUCCAGAAGCCGGACCAAGCUGGGGAGAAAUCCUCGAUGCCGUGGACCCACUUCCACAGGGAAUGCCCGAGCUCGGUCUCACUUCAAGCCAGCUCGGCUUGCUGCCUGAAGGGGACGAGGAGCUCACUGACUGGGAGUCAGAGCUGCCCUUCUCGGACAACGAUGAGGACUAUGACCCAUCUCCCGCGCCCCCGGUGCGGGUUGCAAAACCCGCUCCCGUGGGCUCUGGCCAACCUGGUCAUGACGGGUCCUCAUCGGAGCUGGAUUUUGACUUGCACGACGUGUGCAAACGCGCCGCUGCAAAGCUUGAAAUCCAGUGGCCAGAGGUCCAAUCUGAAGCUCCCCGCUCCCGUUUCGACGGGAAAAGGCUGCCGAAGACCCGCAAAACAUCCAGACAGCUCCUACCGAUUUUCCCGGAGCUCCUGGAAGAAUCGGCCGUCUCCUGGCGCAGCAAGCCAUUUAAGGAGAAGCACCCAGUGGCCGGCAGUUCGGUCCUGGAUUGCGACGGGAUGGAAAAUAGCGGCCUCCGCCAAAUACCACCCGUCGAGCCGGCCGUCACCACGCACCUGCAGUUGGAAGAGCAAAUGACCGCCGCUCCAGACGCUGCGCUUUGGGAGGAGGUGUGCGUCAUAACCGAUCACUGCCUGCAGCUUCAUAAGGUAGCGAUCCAGGCGAUGGGCAGAUCCAUGGGACUCAUGGUUCUGCAGGAGAGAGCCAGGUGGCUGAACCUCACAACUCUGGCGACUAAGGAGAAGGAGGACCUCCUGGACACACCCAUAUCACCCCAAGGGCUGUUCGGAGAGGCGGUAACCUCGAUGCAAAAGAGGUGGGAGGAGAAGAAAAGGGACGACGAAGCCCUAAAGCUGUGCCUUCCCAGACGCACGUUUGCCACUGGGACUGCGACCCCGGCCCCCCAGCGCCAGACCUUUGCCCAGGCAGCAGCCCGCUUUCCUCCUGCUUUCAGGAUCCCAAAGCUCCCAAAGGCUCAUGGAGCUCCGCAAGGCGCGCAGAAGACGCCUGCCCCCAAGGCUCACUGGCAGAAAAAGCCUGAAGGUCCUCGCACAGACCAACCACCCCCCACCUCCACCACGGUGGUGAGGAGGAGGAAGCGACCGGCCUAA